AAACGUUCUAAUCUACAAACACGGUCUGCGAAACUGAGGUGGGUUCCUCCCAACACAGUCAGAAAUAGCCAUGGCGACCUUACACACCAUGUCGCCCCAGAGCGUCGUCCUCCCCAUCUUCAAGCUCUCCCAGACCCCGCUUUUCUCGAGAAACAAGCGGAAGAUGAAGUCGUGGGCGGUAAACUCCGUGAUGGAAGAGCUGGACGUGAUCAAAUGCCUAGCAAACACCCAGCAAAGACCAGGCCGCUCCAGCAUUCAUUGCUUGCCCAAGAAAAAUCACUCAGAGGAACCAGCAUACCGGCAUGAUUUUCCUACCAACUUGUACAUGUCAAUUUGUAGACUUGGACGGAAGAAGCUUGAGAGUCUGAUUGCUGUAAUCCUUAUGUCUGUUCAAAUUUUUUCUCCUCUUCCUUUGGUUGGUUGGGACUCCUUUUCUAUAUCUCCUGCAAGAGCAGUUCUUUAUUCUCCAGAUACCAAGGUUCCAAGAACAGGAGAACUUGCUUUAAGAAGGGCUAUCCCUGCAAACACAAACAUGAAGACCAUUCAGGAUUCUAUGGAGGAUAUUUCGUACCUGCUAAGGAUUCCACAGAGAAAGCCGUAUGGAACCAUGGAGGGGAAUGUGAAGAAAGCUUUGAAGAUAGCAGUGGAUGAAAAGGAUUCUAUUUUGGCAAGUAUCCCAAUAGACCUGAAGGAGAAGGGUUCCACAUUGUAUGCAUCACUUAUUGAUGGGAAGGGUGGAUUGCGAACCCUUCUGGAAUCUAUAAAGGAUAAGGACCCAGAUAAAGUAUCAGUAGGCCUUGCCUCUUCACUUGAUACUAUUGCAGAGAUAGAAUUGCUACAGGCUCCAGGCUUGUCAUUUUUAUUGCCCCAGCAAUACGUGAAAUUUCCAAGGCUUAAUGGGAGAGGAAUUGUUGAAUUUACAAUUGAAAAAGGAGAUGGCUCUACAUUUUCUCCAGAAGCUGGUGGUGAACAAAGAAAGACUGCCAUAAUUCAGGUUGUUGUAGAUGGAUAUUCAGCACCGUUAACGGCAGGGAAUUUUGCAAAGCUGGUAAUUGAUGGGGCAUAUGAUGGGGCAAAACUUAGCUGUACCGACCAAGCUAUUCUCUCAGACAAUGGGCUUGACAAGAAGCUGGGUUAUGAUGUUCCUUUAGAGAUAAUGCCAUCUGGGCAGUUUGAGCCCUUGUACAAAACAACAUUAAAUGUGCAGGAUGGAGAAUUGCCCGUUCUUCCACUCUCUGUUUAUGGAGCACUUGCAAUGGCACAUAGUGAAGUCUCUGAGGAGUGCUCAUCGCCAUAUCAGUUUUUCUUCUAUCUCUAUGAUAAGCGAAAUGCUGGCUUGGGAGGGUUGUCGUUUGAUGAAGGGCAAUUUUCAGUUUUUGGAUACACAACUGUUGGGAGAGAUAUUCUUCCACAGAUAAAAACCGGAGAUGUGAUUCUAUCUGCAAAGCUGGUGGAAGGUCAAGAUCGCCUGAUAUUGCCAAAUGAGAGUUGAUCUACUCUCUUGCCAAGCAGGUCACUUUUCAUUCUUUGUGUUUGCUGCAUUUUGAUGGCAUCAACCUGAUUUUAUUGCUGCAGGUUGGCCUGUCAAGUUUCUCAUUGCCAGUUUUUUUUUGUAGUUUUGUUGAGUAUUUGAAGUUCAGUUGUAAAAGGGAACUUAUAAAAAAAAAAAAGUAUUUGAAGUUCAGUUGUCUAGAGUGAAAUUUAUUACAUUUUCCCAAAGGAGGAGACUCUUUAACUGAUCCUUGUACUUUAGAGCCUGUAAAGUCACAUGUCUCACUUCUACUGAAUCAAUCAACUUAGCAUUUAUUUAUUUA